AUGGAUAUACGCCGUGCAGCGGCUCUAUCUUUACCAGCUAAAAAGGCACGACAACCCAUGAAAGGCAACGAAAUAUUGCCUACUGAUCGGCGCAUACUCUUCUGGACUACCCCUUACUCUUUACAAUCACAAUUACAUCGCGAUGCAGAAGUAUCACCUCGUUUGCAAACAUUGAUGUAUGAAGGCUUGCUUUCAUCUACAGUCAAUGAUACUCAACAGGCUUAUGGGGCAGGUCUACUACGCUUCAACCAAUUCUGUGAUGCAGAAGGGAUUCCAGAGGCAUCUCGGAUGCCUGCGUCAGCUACCCUACUCGGUGCAUUUGUGGCCAACUACAGUGGUUCAGGCACAGGAAAGAUGAUCCGAAAUUGGCUGAAUGGUCUACGGUCAUGGCACCUAUAUAAUGAUGCGGAAUGGCACAGGAAGGAGGGAUGGCUACCUGCUUUAACCAAAUUGGCGGACAAGAAAGGCUCUAGUUUCAAGCGUACACCCUGUGGUCCUAUCACAGACAAGCAUCUACUAGCACUUCGACACUCUCUUAACCUCACUCUACCUCAAGACGCAGCAAUCUGGGCUGCUGCCUUCUCAGUCGAACAUGAUGUCACCCGCUCCACAAGAAUUUCCUGCUCCAGAGUGAAUGGCCAUCGAGUCAUAUCCUUCCAUAUUCCUUGGACAAAGACCACAGGUAUCCUGGGGGCAGAAUGCCUGCUCACAGAGACAGGCGACAACUAUUGUCCUGUAUGGGCUUUUGAAAACCAUCUCCGAGUCAACAACUCACCAACAAAUACCACUCCGCUCUUCUCAUACCGACAUGAGACCGAUACAUGGUCCCCGCUAUUGAAAACUCAUUUCCUCUCCCUCACAGCUCGCAUAUUCAGGGCCGGCAAUUUAGAGAACGUUUUUGGACACAGCUACCAUAUUGGCGGUUCCUUGAAACUGCUCCUAGAUGGAGUCGCUCCCGAAAUCAUCAUGAAACUUGGGGGUUGGUCAUCCUUAUGUUUCCUUAUUUACUGGCGCCACCUAGAACAGGUCCUUCCUGCUGCAAUCACCCGGGCAUGA